CGAAAAGUAUGUGGUUGGUAACUACAGUGACAGGAAGGAAAAAAAAAAAAGAGUUGCAUAAUAGUAGAUCAACAGUUCUGGAAGAAUUUAUGCAGAAUUCACUAUAUAUAUAUAUAUAUAUAUAUACAAGUUUUAGGCAUACACCAGCUACUCCAACAUCACCCCACUAAGAUAUUUUCCCAAGUUUAAUUUUCAAUUCCCAUAAUUUACUCCAUGGCUAGAUCAGUUCCCAUCCUUGCUUCCAAAUUCAUCACUCUCUUACUCCUCUCUUCCUUUGCCACAAUCUUGGUCACUGGAGACCAGGAUCAUGAAUUUGUGAGAAGUUUGGACAGGAAGCUACUAGGGCUCAAGAAAGAAAAGCUAAGCCACUUCAAGUUAUAUUGGCAUGACAUCCUUACUGGCCAGAACCCCAGCGCCGUCCAAGUUGUGCCACCACCAUCGAACACAUCAAGAACAGCUUUUGGGUUAGUGAGAAUGAUCGAUAACCCAUUAACCUUAGGGCCUGAAAUGAGCUCAAAGUUGGUAGGAAGGGCACAAGGGUUGUAUGCACAAGCGUCGCAACAAGAUAUUGGGUUAUUGAUGGCCAUGAACUUUGCUUUUAUUGAAGGUAAGUAUAAUGGUAGCACUAUUACUGUUCUAGGGAAGAACGCAGUGUUCUCGACGGUGAGAGAGAUGCCGGUGAUCGGAGGAAGCGGACUUUUCCGGUUUGCUAGAGGUUAUGUUCAGGCGAGAACUCACAAGCUCGACAUGGCCACAGGAGACGCUACAGUUGAGUAUAAUGUCUACGUUUUUCAUUAUUGAUGGUCGUCCUUUUUUACCUCUUUUUCUUGGUUUUUAUUCAACUAUUUGCUUUAAUUUAUGAGGUGCUAUUAUCUAUUUCCAAUAAUGGUGACCACUUAAUUUUGAUCA